GGUAUAAACGGAGGAUGGAGCCAGCUGCAAAUGGGUGGGUUAGCAGCAAGUGGGUGGAGCUUUUGCCGCAAGUGGGCUGUACAAACUUCUAGAGAAUUUUGAUUGGUUUAUUUUAAUAUCGCCGGUGUUGUAAUAGCUCCACAGUUGGUGGCGGUAAUGUGUAAAUUUUGUUGCGAUCCAUCAGAAUCAGAAAACAAAGAAGAAAACCGCGUUUACACAUGUCAGCCGUCAGCGUGCUGUUGAGAUGAAGGGUUGCUCGCAAAUUACAAAAUCUGUAACGUGCAUGACGAGAUCUUUUCUGCAUUUCAUUUCUACAAUUUUCUCUCCAGAUUAUGGAUUCUGAAGACCAUAAUAAGGUUCACUUAUCAGUGAAAGAUGUGCAGGACACUCUUGAGGCAUACCAGUGCCUCAAGUGCACAAAAUUUCACUGUCCACUUUGUCCUAAGGACAGUAUAAAAUUUGAUGAGAACUUCCAGGCAACAGGCCACCUUCAGUCCCAUUUAUCUUGGGUGGUGGUACAUGGAUCAGACCAAACCCCAGUUGUGCCCUCUGUUUUUAGCAAGGAUGAGCUGUUAAAAGACGAUGACCCUCCAUCAUGCUUCAUCUUCAAGUUAUCAGGAGUGUUGCUGAAGAACAUACUUCUUGAAGUUGUUCUUCAAGAAGGAGAUGCUGCCUACAUGCCCCUGUCAUUGGCUUGCUCAAGGUUCAGGGACAUAGUUGGGGAUGGCAAUUUCAGGAAUCAGGCACACUUCUUAUGGCUAGAAAGUGUUACAUGCUGGAAAAAUAAGUCGUCUCACUACAAACAGCUCUUCUGGAGGAUGUACUCAAUCUCCACUUGUUUGGAGUGUGGGUUUGACUACAAAUGCUGCACACCUGGUUAUGCUGGGAAGGGAAAGCGAGGCGAGCUCCAGGGCAUUUAUUCAAAAACCUUCCACCCUGGAUUUUGCAGUUUUCACUGCAUGCAGAUCAGUUCUAAUGAGAUAUAGUGUCCUUACUAAUAACAAAAAAGACUACAAAUAAUAAAAUACAAUAAACAAUUU